UUGAUUUUUUGGAGGGAAAAAUGUAUAAGGGAUAAAAUUCAAUUUAUGAACUAUUUUAUUUUAUAGACAUUUAAUAUUUCAAAGAUAAAAAUAAUACAAUUAAAAUAUUGAGACUUAAAAAGAGAUAAAUCCCAUACUUUGGUACAAUUAACCAAACAUUAUAACAAUGAACAUAGUGCAUACCACAUAUACUCCACACAGCCGGCUUUGACUCCCUCUCUCACAUAAAGGAAAAAAGAAUUAAGAACGCACAGAAGAAAGAUUUUGAGAUUGAGAAAGGUGAGGGAUGAUGAUGAUGAUGAUGCCCGAUGUGAAUCACCAGAGGGUCAAAACCAAUGGUAUAUGGAUGCACAUAGCGGAGAAAGGUACAGGACCACUUGUUCUUCUUCUUCAUGGCUUCCCUGAAAUCUGGUAUUCAUGGCGCCAUCAGAUUACCCACCUAGUCAACCAUGGUUACCACGUAGUUGCCCCUGACCUCAGAGGCUAUGGUGACAGUGACUCCCCACUCAGUCCCUCUUCCUAUACUGUCUUCCACAUCGUCGGCGACCUCAUCGGCCUUCUUGAUCACUUUGGUGAAGAUCAGGCCUUUGUAGUGGGGAGUGACUGGGGUGCAGUGGCUGCUUGGCAUCUCAGCUUGUUCAGGCCUGAUAGAGUUAAGGGAGUGGUUUGUCUCUCUGUUCCAUUUUCACCCAGAUCUCCAAAUAUAAAACUUAUCGAUUCCUUCAACCAAAUGUUUGGAGAUGGGCAUUACAUCUCCCAGUUCCAGGAACCAGGUAGAGCAGAGAUGGCAUUUGCAAGGUACGAUUAUCUGACGGUAAUGAAAAAGUUUCUUCUGAUCAACAAGACUGACCAGCUGAUAGCUCCACCGGGCAUGGAGAUCAUUGAUUUUCUGGAGACCCCUUCAUUUUUACCACCAUGGAUCACAGAAGAAGAACUCCAAGUCUAUGCAGACAAGUUUCAGGAGUCUGGAUUUACUGGACCUCUCAAUUACUACCGUGCUAUGGACCUCAAUUGGGAGCUUCUUGCACCUUGGCAAGGGUCAAAAAUAACAGUUCCGGCAAAGCUAAUUAUCGGUGAUAAGGAUAUUGGAUUCGACUGUGGCGGUACAAAGGAAUACAUAGAGGGAAAUAUGUUCAAGAGCCUAGUCCCCAACCAUGAAGUAAUCAUUCUGAAAGGCCACCAUUUCAUCCAACAAGAGAGAUCUCAAGAAGUUUCGAACGAAAUUCUAUCCUUCCUCCAUAAAUUUUCUGAAAACUAGAUCUAUGUUCGAUAUUUUUCUUGUUAGCAUGAACUUCUUGUUUUAUGUUGCCCUCUAUGUAAAUGAUGCGAUAAAACAGGCACAAUUCGUAUCAAAAAUUUCUAUUUCAAAUGUUCUGAAGUGUCGAUGUGGUUGGAUGCAAAAGAGCAUAGAGACCCUGGUAAAUCAAUUUGGACAUUAAAACAUGACUGAACAGAUUGGUAAACCAUAAAAUGCACUAAAAGAAAUCGUA